AUGUUCACUUCUCGCGAGCCCCGGCCGCGCAAGGUGACGCCCCCGUCGCCGUCGUACAUGAGCAAGGACCAGAUGGCCAGUUACCUCGCCGACCUGCGUACCAACAGAACGCCCCGGCCUGGAGGUGCUCGACCACAGCCUUCGCAUCCCACGGAACCCUCACGCUCGCUCGCCGGCCGAUUUAGCCUCGAUGCUUCGUCACUGCAAUCCCAAACUAGCAAAACACCUGAUCAAAAUCGCGUACCUUCUCACGUACCAAGCGUCGCCGCAUUCAGCAUGUCGUCUCGUUAUUCUACCAUGAGCGGCCGCGGUCGGGACUAUUAUCCUGACAAGCCGACCGCCGCUCUUCCCCUCAAACCGUCCGAAGUCGUGCCCACAGCCACCUACAUGGAACGAGGUCAACGGUGGAUGGAAAAAGAAGAAGCAUUUUCGCUUCGCGAUGCCAUGGAGCAAAUGGACAUCAAGGACAACGCGGGUCGCGAGACCCCGGACGAAGAGAGCCGCAUAUAUCAGGCAGCCCUUGAUGAAGCUGCGGAGCUUGUCUGGCAACAUCAAAACGGAGGCGGUGAAGCGCCCCGUCCAGAAGGUCCUUACCGCUACCGCCCACAUCUCAGGAAAAACAGCUAUGCUCAUGCUCGCACCGCUAGCAUCGGUACAUACGGCAACGACAUUGCUGCUACGGGCAUGCGACGCAACGCCGGCUACCGCUCUGUCAGCAACAGUUCCAACGAGAGCGAUCUCAACAACUCCAGCUUCCGCCAGUCUUCAGAUCUGAGCCAGACUACCGUUGCUUCGACAAGCCACGGCAGUCAGCGCCGCAAGACAUACGGUGGCAUUGGACUCGGCUCCGUUCCUGGCGGCAAACGCAAGAGCAGCAUGAACCGCAACAUUAGUGGCGAGAUCAACAACCCCUUCUCCACAAACCAGAUCUGGGAAGAGCCCGACUCCGCGACAAAGCAGCCGAACUCAGACAUGGCUCCUACGCCGCGCCGGACCCUUGGCAACGCGACGCAGAACCCAGCAAGCCAAAGCAUUCCCGCUGUGGCGGAGGAUGCCCCGGUGAAGCCGCGGAACCGGGUCGAAAUCCAUUACAAUCCCCCUAGCCAAUCUCACAACGGACUGUACACGACCAAUGCGCGGACGGCUCCGCGACAGGAUGAUCAGGUGGAGCGCAAGAAUGGGGUUGAGGUUCGCAGCAAGGACAUUCGUGAGGCGACGAGCAUGCGGUUGAAGGAUCGGAGUGCUAAGCUCCCCGAGCCUACUGCCGUCAGCGACAGUCCGGGGCGACCCAUUGUAAGCUUUGAUACUAACUGGAAGCCUGCGGAUGACACCGCUGAUGCCAAAUCAGGCCGCCAAGCAGCCGCGACGGCAACACUCGACAGGAAGCAGUCACAGUCGCUCCCGGGUUGGAAGCUGGUGGAUGUCCCUUCGAUCCUUGUUCCAGGCCAAGGCUCCCCGCGUGUCCAGCCCCGCGUCAAACCGCAAGCACCGCAAGCUCGUGCGGAGAUCCCUACCAUUAGCAUAGGUGAUGAUGGUGGUUCUCCGAGUAGUAGCUCCAUACCUACAAUCAACAUCCCGGCCAUUUCUGUGGAUGGAGACGCCUCUGAUAGUGUCUCUGUGCCUACCAUCAACAUCCCGGGCAUUUCCGUGGGUGAUAACGAUGCUUCGGCUCCCAACAUCCCCAUGAUUGUCACGCCUGACGACAAGCCCGCCGCCAACAAAUCAAACGGCAGCAAGUCCGCUGGCAGCUCGAGGGCACUUCCUACCCCGGCAUCUCGUCAGCUCAAGCAACGUUUGAACCCGAAGCAGCGAAGCCAUUGGUCUCCUGCCCCAGACGCCAGGUUCCGGGACAAGACGCUGUGCCACGAGUGUUCGUUUCCGAUUGAAGGGAGAUUCGUAGCCCUGGCAGGCGGCUCUGAGCGCUUCCACCCACAGUGUUUCAUGUGCUUUACGUGCAACAUGAGCCUGGAAGCCAUGGAGAUUAGCCCCGAGCCAGAGGUGGCAAGGAAUGCGCGCCUAGAGCGCAUCGAGCGUCGCCGAGCGGGCGAGACGAUUGACGAGGUGCCCGGCGAGACGGAGGAUGAGGACGGCGACGAGCGGCUGCGAUUCUACUGCCACCUCGACUGGCACGAGCAGUUCGCGCCGCGGUGCAAGCACUGCAAGACGCCGAUCCUCGGGGAGCACAUUGUGGCGCUCGGGGAGCACUGGCACUACGGGCACUUCUUCUGCGCCGAGUGCGGCGACCCAUUUGAGCACGGCAUGACGCACAUUGAAAAGGACGGCUACGCGUGGUGCAUCAAGUGCCAGACGCGCCGGACGGAGCGCCGCGCGCCCAAGUGCAAGCGCUGCAAGAAGGGCGUCGUCGGCCAGUACAUCCAGGCGCUCGGCGGCGAGUGGCACGAUGAGUGCUUCCGCUGCGCCGAGUGCAAGGGGGGGUUCGACGACGGGCAGGUGUUUCCCCGCGACGACGGCAGCAUCCUGUGCACGAGCUGUCGUAUGAUUGAGCUGAAACGAUGA